UUUGCAAUCUGCCAGAUGAAGAUCUGAAGGGAGUUUGCCAGAUCUGGGGCUGCAUCGUUCAGCACAUCUGGAAGUGGUUUAUGGGGCUCUCUCAGUCCAGGCAGUGCAACGUCUGGAUUCUGAGCAGCUUCACAGAGGCAGAAAAAGGAAAGAAAAACCAGCACCACUCCAAAAGACACUGGAAGGAUUUGAAAAAGGAUCCCCAGUUUAAAAGCAUUACUGUAGCCCUUUAAGGCUCUUGUACCUAGGAUUUCCAAAGGGAGUCAUGGGCAAGGCAGUUUUGGCAUGAGUGCUUGCAGUUUUGGGUCAGCUAGGAACCGAGUGUUGCUGCCUUGCCAUUCUUCUGGAGAAAGAAGCUGCGAGUGCUGAGCUGCGUUUGAAAGAUUGAAUUUCUUAGCCAAAGCAACAUAUGGCUCUGUUAAGGAAAACAAUAUCCACUGGGGAUGAUGGACAGCACUCUGUUCCCUAUCUGCUCCCCCGUACCACUUAGUCCCACCCAUGUUUGAGCCAUAGAGUGUGAGGAGCAAAAAACCUGAGAGUUAAUCAGAUCUUAUUAUUCCUACUUGUUUUGACUAUCUGUGUCAUUCUGUAUAAUAAAGUUCACAAGGUGCCAGCUACAUUAAAUAAUGAAACAGUUGAUUUGGAGAGCCCCGAGGAAUUGGAAGAAGAAAUUCCAGUGGUGCUUUGUGCUGCUGCGGGUAGAAUGGGCGCAGCUGUAGCAGCAAUCAGCAGCAUCUACAGCAACACGGACGCUAAUGUUUUGUUCUACAUUGUUGGCCUAAAGAACACGAUUCCACAUAUCAGAAAAUGGAUUGAAAAUUCCAAACUGAAAGAAAUAAAGUAUAAAAUUGUGGAGUUCAACCCUAUGGUACUAAAAGGAAAAAUAAGACCAGAUGCAUCACGACCUGAGUUACUCCAGCCUCUGAACUUUGUUCGAUAUUAUCUCCCCCUGCUGAUCCAUAAACAUGAUAAAGUCAUAUAUUUGGAUGAUGAUGUGAUUGUGCAAGGUGACAUCCAGGAGCUGUAUGACACAAAGUUAGCUCCAGGCCAUGCUGCAGCUUUUUCAGAUGAUUGUGAUUUGCCUUCUACUCAUGAAAUGGUGAGAAGCGUAGGAAUGCAGAACACAUACAUGGGAUAUCUAGACUAUCGAAAGCAAACAAUUAGAGAUCUUGGCAUCAGCCCCAGCACCUGCUCCUUUAAUCCAGGAGUAAUUGUGGCUAAUAUGACAGAAUGGAAGCACCAACGGAUUACAAAGCAAUUAGAAAAAUGGAUGCAAAGAAAUGUAGAAGAAAACCUCUACAGCAGCACACUUGGGGGAGGCGUGGCCACCCCUCCAAUGCUCAUUGUAUUCCAUGGAAAAUAUUCUACUAUUAAACCCUUGUGGCACGUACGACAUCUUGGGUGGAGUCCUGAUGCCAGGUAUUCAGAGCAUUUUCUUCAAGAAGCUAAAUUACUUCACUGGAAUGGAAGGUAUAAACCUUGGGAAUACCCUAGUGUUCACAACGACCUUUGGGAAAACUGGUUUAUCCCUGAUCCAUCAGGGAAGUUCAAAAUGAUUCGUCCCAAUAGCUGAUAUUGAAAGACAUCUAAGGUGUUUAUGAUUUUUAAAAAACAAAAUCAGUUUCCAGCAAGAUCAAUGUUUAUUCUAUUUCUGUACCAUAAUUUGCAGUAGUUUAUCUUCUGUGUAAUAUGUGAUAACUAUUUUUUAAUCAGUUUGUGCAACUGAUUUUAUAAAUCUAACCCUAAGUAUUUGUUAAGCUUCACCCUAAAAUUAAAAUGAGUUAAUGUGCUGGUUUAGAGGGUAAAACGUACAAACUUCAGAUUAGCUUGAGUUUCUAGUAACAUUGUGAGAUACUAGUUUACUUGAUUAAAAACAUUAAGAUGUUUACAAAGAUGAAAAAACAGGACUAAACAGAAUGGGUUUUAAUGCAAUAUCUUAUAUUCUCUAAAGAUUAUAGUUGCUUGCUGAAUCUAACCCAGUAGUAUUUACAAUGUUGAGUACAAGAUUCGUUGUCUUUCUAGUCCCAUUUUUUUUUAAAAAGUGACAUUGAAGUCAAUUAAAUAUUUCAGUAGGUCUAAUUUUCUUACUCAGUGCAGCCACUUAAUACUUCUUUUCAUAGUGACACUAUGCAUCAAAUGUUUACAUUUUGAGGAGAUCUGAUUAUGAUGCAAAAGAGCAAAAUAUCACACUAACACAAAGAUAUUCCAAUACAAUUCCUAACUUUAUUGUGUAACGGUAGAUUUUCAACAGGGGUUUAAAACCUCCAUGUUAGAGCACCAAUUUGAGAGAUACUAUGGCAAAUGUAUGACAGUUUCAUUGCACACACAUUAACUCUACUUUAUACCUACAUAAUUUAGUAGGCACCUGUUAAAAAGCAGAACUUUUACCUUCAAAUUAAAAAAGCCAUCUUUACGGAAGUUAUCUACUCAGCAAUAGUAGUUACAUGCUUCACAUACUUUUGUUGAAAAAUAAAUUGAAUUGUUAAAAAUCCCUGAUGCAAGGCACUUUUUGAGCACCUGCAGGAACAUGUCCAUGUAAACAGUGAUACAUGAUACAGUACAUUUUAAAUAACAAAUGAACGAUUUCCAUAUAUCUUUGACCAUAUAAUGAACAGCUUUAUACUGAGGCUAACAAAUAUGACCAGAAUCACAAUGCACAUAUUGUCUUGAUUUUAAAAGUUUUCUAGGAUUAAGACACACAACCGGGGAAGAGAACUCUAAACAUCAUGUCAGCCUCCCACUGAGUUGGCAGUAUGCUACCUGUGUGGGAGAUCCAGAGUUGUUAGCAGGCUACGGUUCUACAUUACCAGGAUCAACUUAAUGCAUGAUGGCAACUGCCAAAGUGUGGACGAAGGAUAAAAUCCCUGGUAGUGUAACAUCUGACCAGUCUGGAUUAAGAGAUACAGUUUUUGCCUAUUUCAAGUAUACAAAGCACCUACUCAUAAGAUUACCAAAA